UUGGCGUUGCUUCGCGGCGCCACCGUUACCCUUGAGUCGUGUUCCUCCCUUAUCCAUCCCAACCCAAAGAUAUAUGUGGACGCCACUCUGGAGCGCGUGUCCAAAUUAAUACUCCCAGCAAGAGCAUCAUCAUCCCUGGUCACCGCAGCGUGGUCUGGGGCUAUACGAUUCUCUGGCUCCUGCUUGUUGCGAAUCGCAGAUUCUGCAAAGAAGAGGGGUUGACUGUAUUCCGGCCUUCCGGGAGUUCGGAAAUUCUUGGUUUCUUGAUGUGUAUACUGCUACCUUGCAAUGAAAACGGGUGGCAAGAAGGGAAUUCUGUGAGGCUGUGAGCACAUGGUUGCCAGAGGUGCGUCCGCCCCCGUUCUGUAGCCCGGAAGAUGUGGUCUCCGUUGCAUGACCUUUAAUGAGUUGCUACGUGGUCAGCUCUAGCGGCGUUGCGGUCUGGUUAGCCGUAGAGGAGAGGAUCGGGCACCGGAGGUUUUGCGCAUGCAAGAUGUUCGAUGUCGGUCCCCAGAGGAGAAGGGUGGGGAGGCGCCUGGUGGGUUUUGCCAAGAAGAGGAGGCGUUCCAAGAGGCAGCAGCCAUGGUGGAAGGCGUGGUUCUCUGAUUGGAACGAUGAGGAAGAGAGCCUCGCCGGCUGGAGGGAGGAUGAUGAAUUGCUCCAGCAGGUUGUUAGCAACGAAGACCUGUCGGAGGAUGACAAGUUUCAGACGUGGAAGAGCAAGGCAGAGGCGAUUGUCGACCUGCGGGAAGCCCAGCAGGGUGCCGAAAAUGCAGAAGGGCGGUCAUGGGAGGAUUGGAUAGGUUGGGGCAGCACGUCCGGCGAUGGUGAUUGGGGCGGGGGUGGGAGCUUGUCGGACCAGAUAACUGAUGAUCCGACGGAGAUAGUGAGGGACAAGGGCAUCGCUGAAGCUUUUAGGGACUCUAUUGAUGAAGAUUACAACGACAUGUUGUUUGAGGACCGGGUUUUUCUAUACGCUUCGACGAAAUCGGCCAAAUUCCUAGCAUUGUUGAUCGUUGUUCCAUGGGUGUUGGAUCUUCUAGUACAUGACUAUGUUAUGAUGCCAUUUCUAGACAGGUAUGUCGAGAAGGUACCACUCGCCGCUGAAAUGCUUGAUGUAAGACGCAGCCAGAAGAUUCAGAUGAUAAAGGACCUAAAUAUUGAGAAAGCAAGAUUCCGUUUUGAAGUAGAGAUUGGUAAAUCUCCUCCACUUUCCGAUGAGGAGUUCUGGUCAGAGUUGCGGGAAAAAGCGGUAGAGCUGAGGGAUGAAUGGAGAUUAGAAAACCGACAAGCAUUUGCAAAUAUCUGGUCUGAUAUGGUUUAUGGGGUUGCCCUAUUCCUUCUUAUGUACUUUAACCAGAGUAAAGUAAGUACAUACUCCCUCCGUUCCUAAAUAUUUGUCUUUCUA